GAGGACGAGGGGUGAGUUGAAGGAGAGGAGAAGGGUCGAGCAGAUGGGAGGAAGGAAGGAAGGAAGGAAGGAAAGGAUCGCUCAAGUGCGCGAUUAAAGGAUUCUACACGAGUAAACAAACAUAUGAAUCAAAUCCAUAAUAAAAGCCGAAUUAUAUGCGCGCCACCGCGGUGCUUGCGUGGACGCGGACAAGAUAGCGGCGGUGCGCGCUGGAGCAGCCAAAUCCUGUCUUCCUCCCGGACUCCACUCAUGUUCUUCAAACUCUCCGCAAAGCUCUCCUGAACUUUCGUGAAGUCCGUGUGUGAAUAGACUACUCCCCCCCCCCCCCCUCCUCCGCCCCCACCCGCCCGCGCGCCUCCGUCGUCUCCCCGGAAAAGAAGAAGUAGAAGAAGAAGGAACUCCGGGGUGGAAGCGGAGGAAGGAAGCGCGUUUUUGUUCCCUCCGAGCAGUGCAGCUCACCGCAGCCGGGGUUUAGGCGUUGGCACCCGGGCAGGCAGUCCCUCGCCAUGGCCGGGGCCAAGCCGGGAGUCCACGCGCUGCAGCUCAAACCCGUGUGUGUCCACGAAGCUCUGAAGAAAGGAGGGAAAUUCAUCAAGUGGGACGAGGAUACCAACAGUGGACCUCCCACGCUGGUCACCCUUAAAGUCGACCCAGAUGGAUUCUUCCUCUACUGGACUGGAGGGUCCAACCUGGAGGUGGAGAUUCUGGACAUCAGCAACAUCAGGGACACCAGGACAGGAAAAUACGCCAAACAACCAAAGGACGCAAAGCUGCGGGACGUGCUGGGCUUCGGUAAAGGUGACAAUGGAGAAGGGAAGCUGGUCACCGUCGUCCAUGGCAACGACCUGGUCAACAUCUCCUUCCUCAACUUCCAGGCAAUGCAGGAAGAUACAGCCAAGAUUUGGACAGAUGAGCUGUUCACUUUGGCCACAAACAUACUUUCCCAGAAUGCAUCACGGAACACCUUCCUCCUCAAAGCGCACACAAAGUUAAAGUUGCAGGUGAAUCAGGACGGGAAGAUUCCAGUGAAGAACAUUCUCAAGAUGUUUUCAGAUAAAAAGAGAGUGGAGACGGCUCUGGAGCAGUGUGGCCUCGUCAAUAACAGGUCUGAGGGAUUAAAGCCAGAUGAUUUCACGUGGGAGUCCUUCCAGAAGUUUCUCGACACCCUCUGUCUGCGGCCUGAGAUACAAAGCAUCUUUGAGGAAAGUGGCUCGAAGAGGAAGCCGUUUAUCUCUCUGGACCAGCUGAUGGACUUCAUGAACCGCAGGCAGCGAGACUCCAGGCUGAACGAGGUGCUGUACCCCCCGCUGAAAAGAGAGCAGGUCCGACAGAUCAUGGAGAGAUACGAGACCAACAGCAGCCAGCUGGAGAGAGACCAGAUCAGUUUACAGGCUUUCAGUCGGUACCUGGGAGGAGAGGAAAACAGCAUUGUGCCCCCAGAGAGGCUGGAUAUCAUCGAUGACAUGAACCAGCCACUGUCUCACUACUUCAUCAACUCCUCACACAACACAUACCUCACAGUCGGUCAGCUGACAGGUCUGUCUUCAGUGGAGAUGUACAGACAGGUGCUUCUGACCGGCUGCCGCUGCGUCGAGCUGGACUGCUGGAAAGGCCGACCGCAGGACGAGGAGCCGUACAUCACCCACGGGUUCACCAUGACCACUGAGAUCCCCUUCAAGGAGGUGAUUGAGGCGAUUGCAGAGAGUGCUUUCAAGACCUCACCAUACCCCCUCAUCCUCUCCUUUGAAAACCACGUUGAUUCGGCCAAGCAGCAAGCCAAGAUGGCAGAAUACUGCAGGACCAUCUUUGGAGAUGCCCUGCUUAUCGAUCCACUGGAGAAAUAUCCGCUGGUCCCAGGUCAGCCACUCCCUACGCCUCAGGAGAUGCUGGGGAAGAUUCUCAUCAAAAACAAGAAGAAGCACCACCACCACCGGCCCUCGAGCGGCGGCAGCAUACGACGCAGAGAGCUGGAGGAGCAGUCGAUGCCUAACAAUGAAUCUCCUUUGACAGAAAGUGAGAGCGGCCAGAUCCUGUCCAACGGGGAGGAGAAGCUCGCCGAGAGGAUGGUCAAAGACUCGGAGCCUCGCAAGUCCAUCGGAGGCGAGGGAGAAAGUGAGGAGGAAGAGGAGGACGAAGCCGCGACGGAGCUGAAAAAGCCAAACAGUGAUGAGGGCACAGCCAGCAGCGAGGUGAACGCCACAGAGGAGAUGUCAACCCUCGUCAACUACAUCGAACCUGUCAAGUUCAAGAGCUUCGAGGUGGCCUGCAAGAGGAAUAAGUUCUUUGAGAUGUCCUCGUUUGUGGAAACUAAAGGCAUGGACAUUCUGAAGAGCUCCCCCACGGCCUUUGUCGAGUACAAUAAGAACCAGUUGAGCAGAAUCUACCCUAAAGGCACGAGGGUGGACAGCUCGAACUACAUGCCUCAGCUCUUCUGGAACGUCGGUUGCCAAAUGGUGGCGCUGAACUUCCAGACCCUUGACCUUCCAAUGCAGCUAAACAUGGGCGUGUUUGAGUAUAACGGCCACAGCGGCUACCUGCUCAAACCAGAGUUCAUGAGGAGGACGGACAAACAGUUUGACCCUUUUACCGAGAACAUCGUGGACGGCAUCGUCGCCAAUACAGUUAAAAUCAAGGUGGUCUCGGGCCAGUUCCUGACAGACAAGAAAGUGGGCGUGUAUGUGGAGGUGGACACAUUUGGACUUCCUGCUGAUACAAAGAGGAAGUACAGAACCAAAACAUCCAAUGGGAACUCACUGGACCCCUUGUGGGACGAUGACAUGUUUGUCUUUAAUAAGGUGGUUCUGCCGACACUGGCCUCUCUGAGGAUAGCAGUGUUUGAAGAAAACGGCAAGUUUAUUGGCCACCGUAUCCUCCCGGUGUCGGCCAUCAGACCUGGUUACCACUACAUCAACCUGAAGAAUGAGUUAAACCAGCCUCUCCUGCUGCCGUCGCUGCUGGUUUACACCGAGGCUCAGGACUACAUUCCUAACGAACACCAAGAGUACGCAGAUGCUCUGACCAACCCAAUUAAACACAUCAGUGAGUUGCACAAGAGAGAGACACAGCUGGCUGUUCUGCUAGAGGACAACAGUGAGCAUGUUCCCAACCAGCCUAAAGAUGGAGAGAACAAGAGCGUGUGUGUCAUUCCAGUCCGACCUCCUUCGCCGUUCAACUUCCCACCUUCCUCACUUUGUGAACCCACUGAUAUCAAAUUACCUCCACCAGCUCCAAGUCAGAAGGAGGAUCUCAUAGCCACUGUCCUCACAGACGUCCAGGUUUACUCUACAGAGGACCUGAAGCUGCAGAAGAACUAUGUGAAGCUGCUAAAGAAACAGAGCAAAGAAGUCAAAGAGCUGCGCAAGAAACACCUGAAGAAGGUGGGGAAUCUGAGUAAGGAGCAACAGAAUCGCAGCAGUCAGCUUCAGUCUGACAGCCAGAGGAGGCGCACUCAGAUCGAGAAACACCUCAAACGUAGCAUUAAGAAAAAUGAACCGCAUGAGCCAGUGCAGAGCGAACUGACGGCGUUGGAUCAGGAGCUGGAGAAGCAGAAGGUCCAGCUGAGAGAGUGUCGGAUGCAGGAGCUGCUGAAACUAAGACAAGAGCUUCACGCACUGGAGAGAGAGAAGCAACACGCACACCUGAAACAGGCCGUACAGAAGUUAAAGGAGACGGCAAACGAAUGCCAAGCAGCUCAGCUGAAGAAGCUCAAGGAGCUGUGUGAGAAGGAGAAGAAAGAGCUUCAGAAGAUCAUGGAAAGGAAGCGACAAAACAGCAUCGUCGAAGCAAAGAGACAAGACAAGGCUGAAACAUGGGAACUGAAUGACAUCAACAAGAAGCACAUUCAAGAUUCUGUCGCCUUAAUCCUCAGGCUGGAGGAGGCUCAGAGCAGGAGACAGGAGAAGCUGAUGCUGAAGCAGCGGGAGGUGCUGCAGCACAUAGACGACGAACUACCACAGCUGAAGACUCAGUUGCAGCGGGAACUGGAGGAAGAGUAUCAGCGACUGCCCGAGGAGAUCUGCCAGCACCUGCAGCUGGAGCUCCAGAACAAAGGUCUCCAGAAGGACACCCUGUUCUCGCCCUUCUCCAACCACAGCAGCUCCAGCCCCAGUUCCGGCUCGGGCCCGCCCUCCAACUGCUCCACCCCCUCCAACCCGUCGACGCCCAACCGGAGCCUGUGGAACAGGAGCAUGGACAAUAGCACCGCCUCGUUGGCCGAUUCCACGUCGUCGUCCACCACUCCCGUCCAAUCAGAGGCGGAGUUGUCCUUCAGUUAAAAUCACUAAUUUUAUUUUGUGUAAAAAGGAAAAAAAAAAAUAAUACAUACAUUCAACCGGGGUCUAUAAUGAUUAUAAUGUGGGAUAGUAAUGAUAUAGAUUAUUUACUAAUUUUAUUCUUUUUAUGACGGACUGAUUUGUUUGCGUCUGCAGAGCUCUAUUGUUUUUUAUAUGUUGCAGUUUUUGUCACGUGAAGAUUCAGAAUCAUAACCAAAUGUUGUUGUUUUUUUACAUUUGCCCUUAUUUGUUUGUUAUCAUCCAUCCGUUUUGUUGUGGUCGCUAAGCUUUGCUCCAGUUUUGUUGCCAGACCACAGGAUAUUUGCUCUGAAACUUGACUUGACACUCUGUUAAACCUUUAAACCUUUUAAACUGAUUAUCACGAGAGUCGGAAGAUGCAAAUCUCAUCACACACUUUUGACAUUUUGUCUUAAAGGCUGCAUCUGACCCUUGAUAAUAAUAUUAAUUGUUUAAAAAUGUGCAUUUUCCCAGUCUAGAAUGAUCACGUUUACAGAAGUUAUUAAUUCAGAAAUUAGUAUCAAACGGGGAAAGUGAGUUUGGAACCAGAUUUUUUUUAAAGAUCUCACUUUUAAAAGUUUUAUCUGUAAUGUCAGCAGCUGUCCAGUAGGUGGUGCUGCAGCCUUUGUGGUUGAAGCUGCACAUACAUGUAGUCUGAUCACAGUAUGCUGCUAAUCUGCACACACACACACACAAGCCUCUAAAACCUUUGAAAAAUAGAACUCAUACACUUAUUUAAGGUAUUCCUGAGGUCAGAGGUCAGUCUUAUGAUCUUCAAACUGAUUUCCGUGACGUUUACUGAACUCAAUAGUCGUCACAGUCUCGUCCCGCGUCGCCGUGGAAAGCUGUCGUCGAGCUUUUCCAGAAUUCUCAAUUCUCGUCGUCAUAGGAACAACUUGUGUACAUUUUAUUUGAGGAUAAAUAUGCUCUUUUUUUUAAAGGUGUGUGUGUUAGGUAAUCUACCCUGAUAUCGUCAGUGUGGCAUUUUAAAGCCAUUCAAACUAAAAGGUACUUUAACUUUAAUUUAAAAAUUCUGUUUUUGUGUCUUUGCUCUCUGUCUUCAUUCUUUCUUUCUUUUUUUUUUUUAAAGCAAUGUUAGUGGUUGUUUAUUUUUUAUUAUUUUUGUGGCCCACUUUAAAGGGUCAAAGGUCGGCACCCUGUGUAUGUGUACUUUGUGUAUAUGUGAAGCUGUGCGUGUAUUUUACUACUGACCACAAGUGCUUGAGAGGGACGGCGGUGGAGGAAGACGGAGAGGUUCAGCGAGUCCUGACGUGUCCUCCUUCACCUCCUUCACCUCCCUCCCUUGGAUGAGCACUGGCUGCCUGUCUGUCUGAUUAUCUCCCCUCACAUGUGCGCACACAAACCCCUUGUAAACUAUCACCUAUUUAAAAAAAUUUAAUUUUAACAACCUUUUUUUCCCUUUUGUGGUUAUUUAAGUUUUUAUGGAUGGAAGAAGGUGUAGAAUUCAUGCUGCUUAUCAAGGUUUUCAUUUUAAAAUCCAGUCCCUGCCCACCUCAACGUCGUGGCUGUUCUUGGAAUGGUACUGUUCCUGAAAAUAGCAUGAGACAAUAACCGUUAUGAAACAGUUGAAUAUGGGUCAACCAUUGUUUAGGAUCAGAACAUGAAUAUGCUGACUUCUUUGUUGUCUGAUCACCCUGCAGUAUAAUGUGCACUAAUACAAUCAAUCAAUGACAGAAGUCGGGAUAUGAGACAUUCCUCGCAUGGUGUCUGUUUUUAGGGUCCAGGUCGUCCGAACGUAACUUACUGUGUUGUCUUUAAGCUCCUCCUGUUCACUUAAACCAGGCACUUAAGGGUUUUUUUCCCACUUGUAGGAACCUUGUGUUCCUGUGACAUGGACGUCAAUACAAAAGUAUCAGUGCUGGAGUAUUUUGAGUAUUUGAGGAGGGACAUGAUAGUCUGCGUCUUUAUUCUUUGCACUUUGAGCUCGGAUUUAGUUUUUGUUCCUGAAGUUAAAACACCAGAUAAAUAAGAACGAGGCUUUUUGUCAAUACUCUGCCCUCGAGAUAAAAUGUCAAACCAAUUUGUUACCAAGUGUGGUCGAUCUAACAAAGGUGAUGCUAACGUUGGAUACAAUAUUGUUUUUCCCAGUCAAUCUGUAGACUUACUGGUCAUUUUGUUUCAUGUACAGCUUUGGGACUUUAAUCUUCACAUGCUAAUGCUAAUAAGGACUGAGACCAGGUUUAUCGCAGAAGUGAAAAUGACUGCUUCUCUUUUAAUGCAUUUAUUUUGAACUCUUCAUUUAUACUAGACUGCACGUUUAGAUCCUCUCUCAUCAAAUCAGCUAAUGUUGAUUUUAGCGUUAGAGUAAAAACCGCUACAAGGAUUUUUAGCUUAUGUGUAAAUAAACACUUAAAAACCAGUGUUAUUCACAGUUCUUCAUCUUUUCUAGUGUUGUAGAACUAUAACAAUAAUAAUAAUAAUAAGGUCUAUAUACCAUAGUCCCUUUUAACAUAAUUAUGUGGUAAAAAACUGGACGUUGUUUCCUUUAGUGCAAUUUCACACUCUUUCAUGCCCUGGCACACACACACACUCAAACUUGUGUUUAUAUCUUAGUGAGGACACAUCAUUGACCUAACCCUAGCCCCUAAACCAGGGUUUAGUUCAAAGGCCACAUACAGCACAAAUUUGAUCUCAAGUGGGCCGGACCAGUCAGAUUAUAGCAUAAUAACCGACAAGCACUCCAAGUGUUUCCCUUUUGUUUUACAUUCAAUUAUCUUUUUACAAAACAACCUGACAUUUCUUGAGAAAAAAAAGUGGAAUUUCAACAAUAUUACGCCUGUGUGCUUAACCCUGGAAAAACCCUUUAAAACCAAAUGUCUCCACAAAGAUAGGUUUUUCAAGUUUUUUGGACCUCACAAAGAUAUAAUUACAAGUAACCACUCACACAGAGGGAGGAGAGAGACAGAUUAACAGUUGGUUAAACGCCGAUAGCUAGUUCCGCAUGAAGCCCGCUGGUCAUUUGUUGCCAUCUGUGGACUUUUUCCGUCCUCUUCAUAUUGAAAACGUGCUUAAAUGGACACAAACAAUAAAAGACUCUGACUCAAACA